CGGUGAUCCGAGAAAACAACAUGAUGAGCUCGACAAGUAUGGCGCUUGUUUGCGCGUGUGUAGUUCUAGUAAGCGGCGUUUACUUCGUAAACGGCGACUCGUUUACUCCGCUCGGACACGUCGGCUCCGCGGAUAACACGUUCACUCCCCUGGGUUCGAUUGGUUCCGUCCUCAACGAAAAGCAGCCGGAAGUCACGAACGGAUUCGGCGUUCACACGGAAUUCUCAAACAGCCAUAGUGAUGACAGCAGCGAGGAGGAUGAAAAGGGUGGCGGCGGUGGUGGUGGGGCCGGCAUUUGGGGCCUUGAUGGCAAGAAAGGGAUGCAUGGCGGACUGUUUAACGCCGCUGGUGACAUCAACUGGGCGCUACUUGGAAUUGAUGAUUACAAUUUGCUAGGUCAUUCCAACGACGCUGACCUAUGGAUGCUCUAUGCACUCGGAUCCGCUUUGGGCAGUGGUGGAGGCAGCGGAGGCAGCGGAGGCGGGGAGGGCGAGGAGGGGGAGGCGGCAGGACAUGCAGGUUUAGGGGCUGGAUUAGCAGGCGGAUCUUGGGGACAUGGCGGUGCGAGCGGCGCUAACUUAUGGGCCCUACUACGCGGUCUUCAUGGACACAGAUCGGGGCAAGGAGCAGGCGGCUUGGGUCAAGGCUCUGCCAGUUGGGGUCAAAGUGGUAGCGGUUUCGGUUUAGGCAGCGGAAGUUUGGGAUACGGAACCGGAGGCUUUGGUUACGAAAGCGGUAGGUGGGGUCAGGGAACCGGUGGUUUGGGUCUUGGAAGUGGAUCCGGAAGUUGGGGUCAAGGAACUGGUGGUUCGAGUCUCGGAAGCGGAAGUUGGGGCCAAGGUUCAGGAUGGGCAACAGGACAAACCGGAAUCGGCGCAACCGGAAGCUCUACGUCUGGUGUUAAACAUCAAGGCGGAUACUACAAUGAGGCAAAUAAAGCUGAUUGGGAUGCCGAUUUCGCCCACUUUAUUGCCAACUUCGGUUACAACAGUGGCGGUGGAAGUUCUGGCCCUGUUGUUGAUAGUCUUGUCAAGUUUAUGCUUGGCGAAGGUCGCGGUGGAAAUGGCUCAAGCGGAUCGAAGGGUAUAACUGGCGAUUCAAACGGCGGAAGUCGCGCCUCUCAGAACGCCGGUGCUGGUGGCGGCGUAUCAUGGGAAUCUUUAGCAGCGCUUUAUGGUCUAGGAAGCGGUCGCGGAGGUGGUGCUGGAGGCGGUGCUUCAUCGAAGUGGACAGAGGCUGAGUGGAGCGCCUACCUUUCGAGAAAUGGGUUUAACACAGGUGCCAACGGGGGAAGCGGAACCGGAGUUACAGGCAUCGUAGGAAACGGCGGAAGCGGAACCAAUGGAGGAUCAGCUGGUGGUAUACGGGGAUCAAGUGGCACUGGAAUCGGUAGUGGCAGCGGAAGUGGUAGCGGCAGUGGAAUUGGAGGUGGAAGCGGUGGGGGUUCUGUCAACGGUGGUGGUAUUUCGGGUUCUGGUGGUAUCUCCGGUGGAAGUGGCACUGGCACAGGAGGCGGAAGUGGUGGUAUCGGUGGUGGCAUCUGGGGAGCUGGUGGCUUCGGUACCGGAAGUGGCUUGGAAAAUGGAGGAAACGGAGGUGGUAUCUCGUCCAAUGUUCAUGGAAUGGGUGGAAUAUCCGACCUCCAUUGGUUGGACACAGCCAUGAUGAUGCCUGGAUUCUGGGAGACAGAGCUUGGUGAAUUCCUCGCUAAAUACUGGUACCUGCUUUUGGGGCGCCAGCAACCAGGCCAACCUACACCACAAGGCGAAAUGUCGCGGGCAGAAAUGGAGGCCUUGAUUAACCGUCUGAAAGCUAUGAUCAAGGAAGCCAGGAUGCGAGCGUACUGGGAAAAGUACAACCGGAACCAGACGACCGCUCGGAAGGGAUUCGUCAGUCGCUCCAAGCCUGGACACGUGCUGCAAACUGUGCAGGGAACCAUGGGAUCGAACAAGGCGGGUGGCAACUCCAGAUUUGUGCUGGGAACAUCCGGCGGCACCAGAGUCGUAAACGUCAAUACGGGAACCACACGCAGCCCUCAAACGGUUGAGGUAGUUCCAGUUCCCGUUGAAAUAAGUGCCCGGAGCAUGAGAACGAACUAG